AUGGUUGUUGCCCGCGUCGUUCCUACUGCCCGCACACGGGCCCUAGGACUUCUCAGAACAGUGCAAUACACUCACCCACCUUCGUGUCCUUGUCACGGUCAACCUUCACACCAUCAUAAUCAUAAGCACUCCUUGACGAAUCUCUUUAAGAAUGGAAAUCGUGGGGUUACAACGCCGACAGACCAUGCGGGAAUGAAAGAGUAUGCUUUUGAAAUGGCUGCAUCUAGCAUACGUUUCGGCCCUGGCUCUACACAGGAAGUUGGCAUGGACUUUGCCAAUAUGAAGGCAAAGAAGGUAGUUGUGGUUACUGACCAAACUGUGGCGAAGCUCCAGUCUAUGAAGACUGCAAUUGAGGCUUUAGAGAAAGAGGGCAUCAAGUACGAAAUCUUUAGCGACGUACGCGUAGAGCCCAAAGAUUAUUCAAUCAAGAAAGCAAUUGAAUUUAGCAAGAGGGUAAAUGGAGAUGCUUACCUUGCCGUGGGUGGGGGAAGUGUCAUGGAUACCGCAAAGUUGAUGAAUUUAUACACAUGCUUUCCAGAAGCAGAUUUCCUAGAUUUUGUUAAUGCACCCUUGGGCAAGGGACUUCCGAUUACAAAAUCUCUGAGGCCACUGAUCUGUGUCCCAACUACCGCAGGAACCGGUAGUGAGACAACCGGCACAGCUAUCUUUGAUCUCGUAGACAAGAAAGCAAAAACCGGUGUUGCUCACCGUGUCCUUAAGCCGACCCUUGGGAUCUGUGACCCUCUCAACACUCGUACGAUGCCAUCGGCUGUCCAUGCAUCCUCAGGACUUGAUGUGCUAUGCCAUGCUCUUGAAUCAUACACAGCAAUACCUUAUAACGAACGUACUCCAAGGCCAACCAACCCAAUACUCAGACCGGCUUACCAGGGUGCCAACCCCAUUAGCGAUGUAUUUUCGUUUAAAGCCCUACAGAUGACAAUCAAAUACCUCCCAAGAGCUGUCAGAGAUCCGGAUGAUUUUGAGGCACAGAGCCAGAUGCUCCUCGCAGCAACCCUAGCCGGAGUUGGUUUUGGAAAUGCAGGUGUACACCUGUGUCAUGGAAUGAGUUACCCAAUUUCUGGGGGUAACAAAGGGUAUAAACACAAGGGAUACGAUGUCCCGCAUUCACUUAUUCCCCAUGGCGUUAGUGUAGCUGUUACCGCACCCGCAGUAUUCAAAUUCACUGCAGCCUCCAAUCCCGAACGUCAUCUAGCUGCAGCCGAAGCAUUCGGGGUAGACAUUUCCAAUGUAAGAACAGAAGAUGCCGGCGAGGUACUCAGUGAGGCACUUAAGAAAUUUCUUUACGGGCUUGGUGACCAGCCUAAGGGUAUUCAGGACCUUGGUUUCAAUUCUGGUGAUAUCGCGGGGCUUGUAGAAGGCACGAUCCCACAGAGGAGAGUCUUGAUGUUAGCGCCAAAUUUGAAUGAGGACGUUACACCCCAGAGGGAGGAAUUGUCAAAACUGUUUGAGGAUUCACUUGCGUUCUAG